AGCAGAGUCUUAGGAGCUGAUGGUGGUCAUCUUGGCCUGAGUGUCGAGCAUGGCGACGACGGCGUCGAGGCGAGAGUUGAGCAGAUCGAGUCCGACAGCAGAGGCGGCAACGUUAGGGUUCAGGUGCGGUGGUACUACCGGCCGGAGGAGUCGAUCGGCGGCCGCCGCCAGUUUCACGGCUCCAAGGAGUUGUUCCUCUCCGAUCACUACGAUGUGCAGAGCGCUGAUACGAUUGAAGGAAAGUGUACGGUUCACACAUUCAAGAGCUACACGAAGCUUGAUGCUGUUGGCAACGACGAUUUCUUCUGUCGUUUCGAGUACAAUUCGUCCACCGGGGCAUUCAAUCCUGAUAGAGUGGCCGUGUAUUGUAAGUGUGAGAUGCCUUACAACCCCGACGAUCUAAUGGUCCAGUGUGAAGGCUGCACUGAUUGGUUCCACCCAACUUGUAUAGAAAUGGUGGAGGAUGAAACAGCGGGUAUGGAUCUGACCCGACAUGGUGGGUUUGCAUAUGUGUAUCAGUAUCAUGAUGAAGAUGAGUCAAGGAGCAGCAGCUGGAGCCUCGGGGAAGAAGAAGGGAGCGAUGUUCGUGAUCGACUGUGCGAAGCCGGUGGAGGAUAAGAUCAUGGAGAUCGCAUCACUGGAAAAGUUUCUCCAGGAAAGAAUCAAGAUCGGCGGGUCAGAGGGAAGAGAGUUGGAAGAUGCAGAAAACUGAAGGUAUGUGUAAAGGUCCGGCGGGCGGCCAAGGCGAGGCUGCCGCC